AUGAAGGUUGAAAUCGAUUCCUUUUCAGGUUCUAAGAUCUACCCAGGUAGAGGUACCUUAUUCGUCCGUGGUGACUCCAAGGUUUUCAGAUUCCAAAAUUCUAAGUCUGCUUCUUUGUUCCACCAAAGAAAGAAUCCAAGAAGAAUUCACUGGACUGUCUUAUACAGAAGACACCACAAGAAGGGUAUCACUGAAGAAGUUGCCAAGAAGAGAUCUAGAAAGACAGUCAAGGCUCAAAGACCAAUUGUUGGUGCUUCUUUAGAAAUUAUCAAGCAAAGAAGAUCUGUCAAGCCAGAAGUUAGAAAGGCUCAAAGAGAAGAGAAGAAGAAGGCUGACAAGGAAAAGAAGAAGGCUGACAAGGCUGCUAGAAAGGCUUUAGCCGCUUCUCAAGGUGGUAAGAUUUCCAAACAGCAAGCUAAGGGUGCUUUCCAAAAGGUUACUGCUACUUCUCGUUAA